GGCGCUGAGAUUCUCCAGUCCCGGCCGCUCAGCGGGCUUGGUGGGCUCAGCUGCGGCGCCUAAGCCGGGAAAUGACCCUGCCCGGGGGCCCGACGGGUAUGGCGCGGCCCGGGGGCGCGGGACCUUGCAGCCCCGGGCUUGAGAGGUCACAGCGCCGGAGUGUCGGGGAGCUGCGCCUGCUCUUCGAGGCACGCUGUGCCGCGGCCGCUGUUGCAGCCGCCGCAGGGGAGCCCCGGGCCCGCGGGGCCAAGAGACGUGGGGGGCAGGUCCCCAACGGGCUUCCGCGGGCUUCCCCGGCCCCAGUGAUCCCGCAACUGACUGUAACGGCUGAGGAACCGGACGUGCCGCCGGCCAGCCCCGGGCCUCCGGAACCAGAGGGCGGCAUGCUCCCGACCGCGGGCUUGUCGCACCUGCAGCAGCCGCGCCGCCUUUCCACCUCGUCCCUCUCCUCCACUGGCUCCUCGUCGCUGCCCGAGGACUCGGAGGAUGAUCUGUUGAGCGACAGCGAGAGCCGGAGCCGCGGCAACGUGCAGCUGGAAGCGAGCGAGGACGCGGGUCAGAAAAGCCACUGGCAGAAGAUCCGGACCAUGGUGAAUCUGCCUGUCAUGAGCCCUUUCAAGAAGCGCUACUCGUGGGUGCAGCUGGCGGGGCACACAGGAAGUUUCAAGGCGGCGGGCGCCAAUGGGCUGAUUCUGAAGCGCAGCUCAGAGCCGGAACGCUCCUGCCUAGCGCGGCUAAUGGCCGAUGCGCUGCGCGGCUGCGUGCCCGCCUUCCACGGUGUGGUGGAGCGCGACGGCGAGAGCUACCUGCAGUUGCAAGACCUGCUCGACGGCUUCGACGGGCCCUGCGUGCUCGACUGCAAGAUGGGAGUCAGGACUUACUUGGAGGAUGAGCUGACCAAGGCUCGAGAGCGACCCAAGCUGCGGAAGGAUAUGUACAAGAAGAUGCUGGCUGUAGACCCCUCGGCGCCCACGGAGGAGGAGCAUGCACAGCGCGCAGUCACCAAACCGCGCUACAUGCAGUGGCGAGAAGGUAUCAGCUCCAGCACCACGCUUGGCUUCCGCAUCGAGGGCAUCAAGAAAGCUGACGGCUCCUGCAGCACUGACUUCAAGACUACGAGAAGCCGGGAACAGGUGAUUCGCGUCUUCGAAGAGUUUGUGCAAGGAGACACGGAAGUACUGAGGAGGUAUCUGAAUCGCCUGCAGCAGAUCCGGGACACCCUGGAGGUCUCUGAAUUCUUCAGGAGGCAUGAGGUGAUCGGAAGCUCUCUGCUCUUCGUGCAUGACCACUGCCAUCGCGCCGGUGUGUGGCUCAUCGACUUCGGCAAGACCACGCCCCUCCCAGACGGCCAGACGCUAGAUCACAGGCUGCCCUGGGAGGAGGGCAACCGCGAGGACGGCUAUUUGCUGGGGUUGGACAAUCUCAUUGGCAUCCUGGCCAGCCUGGCCGAGAGAUGA